UGUGAUGUCACACACAGGGUCAAAGUUGGCUCGUAGCUAUGAUGCUUCAUAGACAAUUCAAACAUGGAGUCUAUCUUCCACGAAAAACAAGAGGGCUCUUUAUGUGCCCAGCACUGCCUGAAUAACCUACUUCAGGGGGAAUAUUUCACUCCAGUGGACUUGUCAUCCAUUGCACAGCAGCUGGAUGAGGAAGAAAGGAUAAGGAUGGCUGAGGGUGGUGUACUGAGUGAGGAGUACAGGACGUUUUUACAGCAACCGUCCGGAAACAUGGACGACAGCGGAUUCUUUUCCAUUCAAGUAAUAAGUAAUGCUCUAGGAGUUUGGGGUUUGGAGCUGAUCCUCUUCAACAGCCGUGAGUACCAGCGACUAACGAUAGACCCAGUAAAUGAAAAAGCCUUUAUAUGUAACUACAAAGAGCACUGGUUUACAGUACGAAAACUGGGGCAGCAGUGGUUUAAUUUGAACUCGCUUUUAACGGGACCAGAGCUGAUAUCAGAUACAUACCUGGCACUUUUCCUUGCACAAUUACAGCAGGAAGGGUAUUCCAUUUUUGUGAUUCGCGGGAACUUGCCUGAAUGUGAAGCAGACCAGAUUUUGGAAAUCAUGAGGGUGGAGCAGCAACACAGACCAAAACUCAUUGGAGAGGAUGAGGCUCAGACAAGUAGUGGUCAAAGAACCUCAGGGCAGCAUGCAUUGGAGACUAGGCACGGUCUGGAAGAGGGUGUGAUGGACGAGGAUGAGGAGGAGCUGAGGAAGGCUUUGGCUCUGAGCAGACAGGAUAUGGAAGUGGAGGAUGAGGAGGCUGACCUUCGCAGAGCCAUACAGCUCAGUAUGCAGGGAGCUUCAGGGAGCAGUAGCCUUAUAGGUACUAAAGAGGUUGGAGCUGCCAUGACUCCAGGUUCCUCAGGAAGCACUACAGGUGAUGUGGCACAAAGCACUCCAAGUGAAAGCCUCACAGCAGAGGAGCUCCGCAGGAGAAGACAGGCCUACUUUGACAGGCAGUCCCAACAGCAGGCUCAAUCAGCAUCUUCACAGGACACAAACGUUGCUGGUGGAGAGCAAGACACUGGGAGUAAACACAGCCAGUAAGGACAUAGUGGCAAUGGGGAUCUAUAGCCAGAGCCCUAUAUCAACCAACUACUACCUGCCCCGUCCACCUCUUCAAAACGUCUCAGUGUCUGAAUGACAGGAAGGACCAGAUCCCAGGAAGGGCCAUUUACCACCAACGCACCACUAUGUGGAUCCAUUCAUAAGGCUCUUAUAUGGACAGAACUGUUAAACAGACAUUUACAUGAAAAAUAGUAUGAUGAUCUACUGUUUAAAGUGGUGUUGUAUGCACUGCUGCUUUACCUUUUAAAGUCAGAGGGAAAAGGGAGGGCUCAUUAGCCCAGUACAGUUUUUCUUGCUUACGUCUGUUACGGCCUUUUUACCACAGCGCCUUUAAAUAUGCUAAUAUAACUUUCAUAAUACUGAUCUGUUUGUAAUUUUUGGGACUCAUAGUGAAACAGGAGGUUUGUGAAUUGAGCAAGUGUGCCUGCAUUGAUGACUUAAUAGAUCAGCAGAGGGUGCUUUCACAAACAUGUCAGCUGGGGCAGAGUGGAAAGGAAACUGAAUCCCUUCUUUAGGGUGCGGGGGCUAAGGACCACUUAAUGGGCACACCACACCCUGUCUUACCUUUCUUUGCCAGCUAUAAUUUUAAGAGGGACCGAUUUCUUAGUGAAUUCUGGUGCAGUACCUGUAUCUGUUUGGGUAGUGCUCUGGGAUGGUUUUAAGAGAUUGCUUGAAAAAGCUCAAAACUACCUUUUUUUGGUGUGGGUUCAGUGAUAUAAGGGUCCACUGUGACCUCAGAAUCUCAUUUUGGGGAAAAAAGCUGAAAGGAAAAAGUAUUGUCAAGUCUUAUUUUACACUCUGUCCUCCCAGGAUCAGAAUUUGUCAUGACUCUUUAAGAAAGAUACUAUAGCAAUGGGCAGUAUUAAACUGCAUGGAUUCAUAGCUCUCAGUAUAAUCGAACAGUUACUGCUGUUUGUUCUUUAACAACUGUUGUUCGUCUCUGUGUGCGCUUGUGUGUUUGUGUGUUUGUGUGUGUGUGUGUGUGUGUGUGUGUGUGUGUGUGUGUGUACGCAUCAAGCCCGCAUAGAUAACACAUCUGUUAAUGGAUACUCUGCAUUGGUCACUGGAAUAUAAAAGCAUAUAAUGUAUUGACAGGGCAGUUACUCUCAGACCCUACUUAAUCGCUGUACUUCCAAUGCAGUAAAGUAAUGAAGCUUUACUGAGAGUGUUUACAGGUACCUCUCACUGGAUUUACCAGUGCCGCGAAUAUCUUGAGUGAGUUUGACGUAUGCAGCAAUCAAGAGGUGGUUUUUCAAGCAGUCAAAAAAAAUGUCAUGUAUACUAGUAGUAAAGAAAUAUGCUACUAUGGAGAUUAAACCAUCUAGUUUUUCACCCAUAUUUUAAUUCAUUAAUUUUCUUCCUAAUAGACUAUACUCACACACUUAGUUUUCAGUUUUUAAUUCAUUAAAACAGGCUGUGGAUGUUGAAGACUUUUUGUUUUAGUACAUAAUCUUACUCCCAACCCUUUGCAGUAGACUAAGUGAUCUUUAUGCUCAUGCACCGACAAUUAUCUUUGUAGCUUUUGAUUUUUUUACUUCUUAAAAUUAAAUGAUGGGUUUUCCCUUUGAAUCGUA